AUGAGCAUCUUGCAAGGUGCAUUAGAAAAGCUUCUUGCGGAGGCAAGAAGUACUAAACAAAAAGAACUACAAUCACAAUGUACUGCAGCGUUAGAGAAACUUUAUCAAGAGAUUAAUAUGAAAUCAAAAGAAGCUGCUCAGAAAAGACUGGAACAUGCCGCGAAAAUAAAGAAUACGUCAAACACGAACAAUUCAACUGUGACAGAUGCUGUUAAUAGUAGUGUAUCAGAAAAAGACACGGGGAAAGUGGAAGAAAGGGAAAGUACGGAGGAGCAAUCAAAGAAAGAAAUCAUAGAGGACAAUGAAGAAAAAUUAAGUGAAAAAAGAAACAGCAAUAAUCAUUCUAAUUCGUCAAAUGAAUCGUUGGUAAUAGUUCAACCGGCGCAAAGUCCAGAGCUUGAAUCACCUCGAUCGCGUUCUUCGAUUUCUAGUGGAUUGUUUAUUCAUCCCAAUGAAGAUCUUCCCAAAAUAUUGAUGGGUGAAAA